AUGUCAUUUUCGGGAAAAAAAUUCAGAAGAGUCCGAGCAGAGAACAUUGAAGAAUUGCUAAAAGUGUCAAAAGCCAACGAAAGCGUAGCGAGCAUACUCCAGAGCACUACACCCACCUUCUCGUUCACAAGGAUCGAAGAUCAGACUUUCACGUUCCACCUGCAGGCCGAAAACCGCCAGAUGACAGUUACAUUUACACUGGGCCAGGAGACGGAGCUGGAGAGACGAGACGGGACUAAGGUUAAAGUGACAUACACACUAGAAGCAGACAAUGUCAUCAGUCAAGUUAUAAAAUCUCCAGACGGCAAGAUAUCAUAUUUCAGAAGAGAAUUCGGUGAUAAGGAAAUGAAAAUGACAAUAACAAUAGAAGGCUCCGAUGUUGCAGCUACGGUAUAUUACGAACAAGUCGAGUAA